UUUUAUUAAAGGUAUAAGCAUUAUUUAAAUUUACCCAUGUAAAUAUACAAGAUACAUAAUAUAUAUGAGUUGAAGAAACAUCUGAUGGAUAUCACAAGGGGAAACUUUAAAGAUUUUGUGAAGAAGAAAGGAAAUGAUAUAAGUUGUACAAACACAAACGAAAGCAUGCAUGAUGUCAUGCCCUGUCACCUGGAACUAUUGUCUCCUGAACUGAACUUUCCAACAAGUGAAGCUUCAUCGGGAAAUUUCUCCGAGGAAGAAAUUGAUGAAGUUGAAACAAAAUUAAUCGAGAAUGAAAUACUUUAUAAUGGGAGAAAUAAGAAAAACAAACUCGAGAGGUCUAGAAGAAGGAUUGACACGAAAAGUCAUAACGAAGAAAACUUGGAUCAGAAAAUGGAGGAAGCCAUUGCGAGAAUGCGAAAGUUGGAUGGGAUAUUGGCUGAAAAAGUUCAGCGAGAAAAACAGGUGAAGAGGGAAACUUUAAUUUACCAAAAACUUCUCCAAUCUGAUCUAAUCGAACCAAAACAGAAGGAAUCCAUUCCAACAGAUGUGAAUAAAAACACAGUCAAGUUUCUUGCAUUGUUGCCCCCACCCCAACAACUUGAAGUGUUACUGGAGAGAAAUGAAGUAUCCCAACCCCCUCAACCCCCACAACCAAUCUUCCCAACCCAGAUCAUUGAAGACACCACGAAGGUAAAACAAGACCCUCCCCCUCUCACCCGUCCUCGUUCAUCCGUUGAAUCAACUUCCGAUAAUUUGGAUCACGAAACAACACAGAGAUCUUCUUCAUCCAAAUGUCGAUCAAUGAAACAAAAUGAGAAACAAAACUUUAUAAAAAGAAACAUUGAGUUAGUAAAAGAGGCUGGAAGUUACGUUCAAAUGACAGAAGAGGAAAAACAACGAUUGUCGGAAUUAUUGCACGAUUUGAAUGAAGAAGCUUUUAGUGAAACAGAAAUGAAAAUGGUCCCAACCCAGCAGAACGGGUAUUCCCCUGACCCGAUAGAGUUAAAACGAUUGCAAGAAAUAGAUUUCAAUCUUCAACAAAUUUCAACUUCGUUCGUUAACUCAACCACCAGUUCAGUGCAAUCUUUCCCAACAGAUUACGAACCAGUAUCACAGAAAAUAUCUCGAUCCGAAUUAACAGAAGCCGCCCACCCACGUGAACGAAUGGAAAACAUUGAACAAAGGUUGCAACAACUUGACCAGGAGUGGAGGGGCAAGUAUGACGUUGAAAGUCCCCGUUUAAGUGACAACCAACUACAACAACUUCUCAACGACGCUUAUUAUGAUAUGUCGUGUACGCCAAGCCAUACGAACUUAUCCAGCAGAAUAAGCGACCAUUCAUCUGUAGUUGGGAAUAUAAACGAAGACAGCGAACUUGUUUCUACAAACAUUAAAUUACCUCGAGAUGUAUUGGAUAGUUUAUUAAACGAGGCAAGGUCAGAGUUAGGAAUAAACGACGACGAUAGCACAGUGUCUUCAGAAUAUUCAGAAACUAACUCAGUUAAAAGUGAGGACUUAGGCUGACAUUUCUUUGAAAAUUUGGCAUUUUGUGCUCGUGGUGCUUCAUAUUUGUUUAUGGGACUUUUUACGUAAUAGAGCGUAUUGUGACGUUGAUUGCUUCCACAUUCUCGUAUUUUUAUUUAUCUGAAAA